AUGGUCGGAAAAUGGAAAAACGAAGAGUCGGAGGAGGAAAUUAAUGGUAAGUCCACAUUUUUCUUACGAUUUUUCAAUUUUUAGAUGAUGCCGAGACAGCGAGUGCCAUUAUGGAGAGCUGCGCGGGGUUUUACAGUUCAUACGAGUGCAAAGAGGUGUUGGGGCAUGGGAUUGCGUCUACAGUCCGGCGAUGCAUCGAAAAAUCCACGGGUCAAACGUUUGCGGUCAAAAUUGUGGAUAUAAGUACGGAGCGUCAGAAUGAAAUGGAAGCUAAGAGGUUGGCGGAGGAGACACUAUCUGAGAUUUCAUUGUUGCGUCAGUUGGCGGGGCAUCCAUCAAUUAGUAAGUUGAUUGUUUGGAGGAUGUUAUUAUUCUUUACAAUUUAUAUCUAAUUUUUCAGUAUUGAUCCACGACUUCUUCUCCACACCAACCUUUCUGUUUGCCAUCUUUGAAGUAGCUCCAGGAGGGGAAUUAUUUCACUUACUUAACAAAAUGGUAACGUUUAGUGAAAAGAAGACGCGACAGGUCAUGAAACAACUAUUUGAUGGAGUUUCAUUUAUGCAUAGCAAAAGCAUUGUCCACAGGGAUCUGAAGGUAAGCUUUUGGCGUUUUUUAAUUCUGUUUUAAUGUUUAGUUGCCUUUGAUGCAAUGAUAACGUAAAGUUUUAAUUUUUAGCUAGAAAAUAUAUUGUGCAUUGAUGACCAUCGUGUCUGUAUUAGUGACUUUGGAUUUGCCAAGCAUUUAAUGCCAGGAGAGCGAUUAAAAGGUAACAUUUAAAUUCAUUUUUAGGUAAUAAACAAUGACUAAACCUUUUAUCACGCUUUCAUUGGGAGGAUUAAUUUUUUUGUUAUCUAAAAACACGAAAUUUUUGUGUUUCUUGACGUCCUGAGGCCUUUUAAAUCUAUUUUUGACCAUAAUAUCAAAGAUAAUAAUAAAAAAUUAAAUUUUUAGAUCUGUUCGGCACGCCAGGGUACCUAGCUCCGGAAACGUUACGAUGCCAGAUGUAUGAGAAUGCUGAAGGAUAUAGUUUGGAAGUAGACAACUGGGCUCUAGGAGUAAUAAUGUACACUUUGCUGGCUGGUCAUGCUCCGUUUUACCAUCGUCAACAGCUGAGAAUGAUGCGACUGAUCCAGGAGGGAAAGUUCGAAUUCGGAAAAGAUAUCUGGGACAGUGUUAGUCAAGAUGCUAAGGAUUUGGUAUGUUCAUUAUGGGGGUCUCUAAGCGCAAAAACUUUGUUUACAGCGAUUUGUAUUUAAAUUUUUGGAUUUUUAGGGAUUUUUUUUGGAAAAGAUUAAAAGCUGUCAUUACUGGUUGUUACCUAAAGUCUGCAUUUCUUGAUAACCCUUUAGAACACUAAAAACCUUGCUUUUAGAUCCGUUCCAUGCUAACAGUCGACGUGCCAUUACGAAUAACGGCAAAAGAGUGCCUGGAGCAUCAAUGGAUGAAGGCGGCCGAUGUGGUACCGAUGCGGAAGAAGUCGCUACCUCCACCGACGGCUCCGGUAAUGGUACCAAAACGAUCUCAAGCCGAGCUACGGUCUCUGUUCCGCGUUUCGCAGUUGGCGGUCCGAUUCACAUGGCGUAUCGGCAACUUGAGACGACUAAAACAAGGUCUGGAUCGGUGGGAGCUGCGGAAGCGGCCGUACCGGAACACCGAGGUAUGUCUUUGGGAAAUUUUUUUUCACCUCCUCUCCCUUUCCACCAUGAAUUUUAAAAAAUAAUAGAACUUGCCCCGCCUCCCCCUUCUGGAAGAUAUGUUUAGAAGGCUCCUCUAAUCUUGUAUAUACCACUACUUUUCAGGUCCGACACGAAGCCGAAGCAGCGGCAUUCGCCGUGUUUGGCCACUGGGUGAGCCGGGGCUUCCACUACUCGCGUGAUAUGUUGUUCGCUAACCGCCCACGACCACCACACAAAAAAGCCUUAGGGGGCUCCAAGAGCCCAUGA